GAUUACAUGCCUAGUAUUCAAUAAAGUCGGCACAUGCUCAAAAACAUUCUCGGAUAUCAACAUCACAGUUCCAAAGCCUCCAAGUUUGGCGGAACAGCCACCGCGCCUCAUCAAUACAAGCGAGGGUCUGGACCUGAACAUUACGUGCAAAUCAUUUGAGCUUCCUCGACCAGUUAUCACGUGGUACAAAAAUGAUGAUCUGGUGAUACGUCACAACGUCAUGUCGUACAGAGGAGUGUCAACACUGAUGCUACGUUCGAUUGUCCCGGAUGACGAAGGGAGGUAUUGGUGCCAAGUGAACAGUUCCCUUGGGAAAGUGGCCUCAAGUGGAACUAGUGUUACAGAUCUUCCAGGUGCCAGAGUGGGUCCGUCAAAUACUAAGACCCAAGUAGUUUUAUGGUCGACGGUUGGUUCCCUUAUGUUCUUGGGCGUUGUCAUAGUGAUGAUAGCUGUYUGUAUCGUSAAAAGACGUCARAAGGCAGGCCAUACCAAGGCACAUCCACAAACUAUGGAGAUGUCUGCUCAAAAUGGCGAAAAGUCAUUGACUCCUCAAACAAAUGAGACGUUACCUAUGAAUCAAGAGCUGUUGGGCGACUUGGAGUAUCUCCGCUUUAUGGGAAUGGACAGAGACUGGGAACUACCACGUGAUCGUCUUGUAAGAACCAAUGAUAAGCUUGGGUCGGGUUGCUUUGGCAACGUGUAUUCUGGCGUGUACACUAGGAAGGAUGGUAAAGAGAUGUUAGUCGCAGUAAAAAUGUUGAAAGUGAAUGCUACCGAUGAAGAUCGUAAAGAUCUCUUAGCGGAAUUGGAAAUCCUUAAACAAGUUGGGCGUCAUAACAACAUAGUGUCACUAGUAGGAGCAUGCACAAAGGACGAGCCUGUAUGUAUCGCCAUCGAGUUAGUAGAGGGGGGUAAUCUUCAACAAYUUCUGAAAAAAACCCGCGUCCCCUACCUACAUCAAGGUUACGAGAACAUUAGGUCAACAGGCUUGACCGACAGGGACCUGGUARCGAUAGCUCUGGACAUAGCCAAAGGAAUGAGCCACCUACAUAARAAACAGUGUAUCCAUAGAGACCUCGCAGCGAGGAAUGUUUUAAUUGGGAAAGGCCUGGUGGCCAAGAUUGCUGAUUUUGGUCUCGCUCGCAAUAUUCCUUCRGAUGGACUCUACGUGAAGACUACUGGGGGAAGGAUCCCAUGGAAGUGGAUGGCUCCAGAAGCCUUAAGAGGCCUCUUUACCAAACACAACGAUAUCUGGUCAUAUGGGAUUCUGUUGUGGGAAAUAGCAACCCUUGGCGAUACUCCUUAUCCAAACAUAUCUCAAGUCAUUCCUCUUUACAACCUUCUGGUUGACGGCUACCGGCUUCAAAAGCCACCACAGUGUGACGAGUUAUUAUAUGAGUUAAUGAACGCUUGCUGGUCAGUUGAAUGUUGCUCAAGACCAGGAUUUGAUGAGAUUCAAACUAUACUGACGGAUAUCUUGAACCAAAACAAGAGAAUUUACAUCAACUUGAUGGCUAUGGACCUAGAAGACGAAACAUUGGAACACUCCUUAUAGUUGCUUUUUUUAGAAUCGGUCUWCCUGUGCUCUACACCGCACGACGAAGACUGGGUCUAGACUAUAUCAACUAGCACCCAUUUGAAUUAUAUUAAUUCUAAGUAUUUAAAGUCGUCUAACAUAAUGACUGCCUAAAAAGGUUAUUCUCAUCUGUCGUUUGCAGACUGACACGCUACAACAGGGGAUAUUAACUGAGAUCUUCGAUAAAGAGCUUAUGUCCAUGUGUCAGACCAUUAAAAACACUUGUCUUAUAAAGAGGCCAUGAUGGUGCCACCGCUUUGCUAUGAUUUCCAUUGACUUCCUGUACAGUAGUGAAUAGCCUCGAAUCCAUGUGUAAAUUCAUUGUUUAUUCUAUUGUUUUCCGUCCUAGGAACGAGGCAAUGCCGCCUGUAGUUGAAUUUUAAGAAUAGCCAAUAUAAAGUUUAAACCAAUUGAAAACCACAGACAUUAAAWAUGGUCCCGUGACUUGAUAAUUCCUAGAUCACGAAACAUUAAGUAACAGUUUAAUAACGACGUCACGCGAUCCUCAAGAAAUUUGUUUGGACAAAAUAUGUCAUUUCAUCGUUAUAAGUUUAUAACUGUAACUUUUCCAGCAAUGUAGAUGAGCUAUGAUUGGUAACUAAUGUUUGUAUCCCUGUAAGAACCAAGCAACAGAAAACAAAUUCUUUUCCAGUAUGAAAUACUAUACAUUAAGAAUAGAGAGACAUGUUUCUGGUGUUUUCCAUAAAGUAUUCUCUCUCGCAUCGCACUAGAACCUGACACAGCGGGCAGUUAAGACUAACAAAUUAGUGUAAUUGUCUAAUCUGACCUGAAUGAAAGGGAUCAGUCAUUGUUAACUAAGAGAAAAAUGUUGGAAAGUUUGACAAAAAACGCAAUGUAAAAGGAACAAAUUACCCGCAAGAAUCAAAGCAAAUGAAGACAAAGAAAAGGUAAAGAACCAGACGAGAAAGCCAAUAAAUAUGCAUCUGAAGCACAGCGAACAUUCAACAUGAAACAAAGCAAUGCGAAACAAGUAAACAAAUAAACAACACAAAAAGAAUUAAAGGAAAACUAGAAACAAAAAAGUAGAAAAAAUUAGGCUAUAUAAGCAAGAAUAUAUGAGCCUGGCAGCAUACAAAAGUUACAGUUUAGUAGAUGUUGUUUCUAUUUUCACUAAGCAUACAUUUUCAGCUCGUCUUGCAUUAGAAUCCUUGAUUUUAUUCCAAAGCAUUCCGUUCACAAGUACAGUUUCAUACCUUCACCUUCAAGCAGGUCAAGGGUUACAUCAUCGCUUUUCAGUCAUUUCUUUAAUGAAUGUUCAUUAUCGCUCGUUCAGAUAAACAUCCAUCUACCAUGAAUGUCUGCAAUGCCACCCAGAGGAACCGGGAAUGACCUUUCGUCUGCUUCCAAAUGCCGUCUGAAAGACCCAACUCUUCCACACAAACAGCCAGUUUACACCAACCAUGAGGGCUGGGAAAAUCAUCGUCUUAUUGCUAGCMUUGCUGUUUCUCUUUCUUCACUCAGAAGCGAAAAAAAAGCGAGGAUGGAACAGCCAAAGACGACUGAGAAGGCUUUGUUCAAGGCCUACCAAUGCGAACAAAACUCAGAACAAUUCCGCUUUGGAGAUGCACGCUUUCUUCGAUUUGAAYCCAAAUCACAAGAACCACAAGGCCUUUGCGUGUCUUAAAAUCACUACAUGYUCAACAAAGCCGGUUUGCUUUGUCACUUCAUAUCCCAACUUGAACACAAGUACAGUCAAUGAAACGACGAAGUGGUGGGAACUAUUAUCGGACAUACAGUGAAACGAGCAAUAAAUUCAAGUGCUCAGCCAUCUCCUCCAACAAACACUACUUCAGGCGGCAUCGACCCCACUCUCUGCCCAGUUUUCGCCAAGGAGAACAGCAAAAAUAUUAUCCCGAUUCGUUAUCUGUUCUGUCAUGGACCCAAUUGCCCCUGCAUGCGCAUCUGCGUGGGRCAGGGUAGAAACAGGACAAAUUUCCAUGAUUGCUCGACUUUUAGAAUCAUCUGUACAUUUGACUGUACUGAAUCUGAUCAGAAGAUAACCCCUCUUUCAACUACAAGUAGACCUAAAGUUUCUGGAAAGAGYACAAGUUCACAAAGAAAAAAMAGACCAAGUAAAARRAGAAAACUUCGAGGAAGRAARAAGAAAAGGGGUAAUCAAGCAACUACUAGCAUCACUCCCAUGACAACUACAAGGAAGCCUGGAGUCACUGUAAAAAGCACAAAGUCACAAAGGAAAAACAGACGAGGUAGGAAGAAGAAAAAGGGAAAUGCUCAAGUAACRACUAGCAACGCUCCACUUACCACCUCAAAACCUAAAAGRAAYGCAAAGAACACAGGCAAAACAAGAAAACUUAGAAGAAAGAAGAAAAAGGGGRGUAAAAAGAAGGGAAAUAAAAAGAAAAAGUUGAAGAAAGGGCAGAAAAAUGCRAAGAAACAAAAGAAAAAUGGKUAGGGUAGGGACUAAAGGGGAAAUGACAUAUUUGCAUUGUUCUAAGGUGGAAAAACGUUUUUACAGCAUUUUGCAGCUAUAUAGGACCAGAUUAUAAUGUGAAUUGAAAAGCAAAAGAAAGAAAAUUUGAAAACCAAAACAAAUAGUGCAUUCAUUCACAAUCUGUGCAGCACUUACUUCCUUAUUGUAGUAGUAAUGCAGUAACAAUGCUUCCUUGCUUCUAGAUUUCCACUAUCACCUCACCUUUGCUAAUAAACAUUGCUUGAUUUUGCUUUAAUAGUUUAAUUCUCAUUGGAUUUUUGAAUAGUAACUACACUUUCAAUARCUGUAGACUACGAGCCCGGCAGAUUUACAUCUAAAGUUGAUCUAGUUCAAGAUUCAUGAUGAAAAUUGCAUGCCUUGAAAAAACAAUUGUCCGUUUACUCUAGUCAACUGUACACAAAACUAACUUGUAAUUUGGUACAAAGUGAAACACGAAGUAAAACAGCAGAAAAAAUUGUCAUUGAAAACYUGACAUAAAAUUAGCUGAAAGGUUUACUUUAAAAGUUUGUAUGAAGAUAGACGCAGUAUUUAAAGAUAAGAAAAAUAUUAAAAGACUAYUUCAGUUUUGA